AUGAAUUACAGUAUCUCGGCACGCACGGCAUAUGCAGUAUCUUGUGUCUCACGAGGAUUUCAAACUUAUUCGACUAGCACUAAAACAGUUGGAGGUCGAAGAAUAUGGCAAAUGUCUAUCACAGAGGUUAAUAAUUUAAUGGAAUCCGGAGGCAUUACUCCUCUAGAGUUGGUUCAAGCAUGUACUGAAAGGAUCAAACUAUACGAUGACCACGUUAACGCAUUUGUUGAGAUCUCAGAGAAAGAUAAGGUUCGGAAGCUUGCCGAACAAUCUGGCAAGAGAAUCCGCGAUGGAAAUAAAAAGGGUCCAUUGGAUGGCAUACCAAUUGCCAUUAAAGACAACUUUUGUACAAGCGAAUUAAAAACUACGUGUGCAUCGGCAAUGUUAAAAGACUUCCAAUCUCCAUUUAAUGCAACAGUAGUCGAAUUACUAAUCAAUUCGGGGGCGAUAAUACUUGGGAAAACAAAUAUGGAUGAGUUCGGGAUGGGAUCUGAAACAAUACAUAGUCAUUUUGGCAAAACACGUAAUCCAUAUCACAUUCAAGACCUUAAAGAUGGAGCUCGUAUUGCUGGCGGAAGUUCAGGUGGGUCAGCUGCCUCCGUUGCUAGUGGAAUGUGUUUUGCUGCAUUAGGAUCGGACACGGGUGGAUCAGUAAGGCUUCCGGCUUCAUAUUGUGGCGUUGUUGGAUUUAAGCCUUCAUAUGGGCGAUGCUCACGAUGGGGAUUGGUUGCAUACGCAAAUUCUUUGGAUACUGUCGGAAUUUUAGCAAGAACUGUUGAAGAUGCUAGGCUUGUGUACAAUGUUUUGUCCAUAUAUGAUGAAAAAGACACAACUUCCAUUCCAUCAGAAAUAUUUCAACAAGAUUCUUCGCAUAUACCGAUUUGCGCAGAUAAUUUGACUAAUAUCCGCGUUGGCGUUCCAGAGACGAAUUUCAGUCUUUUAGUGUUUGAAAAGAGUUGUAAAAUUGACUGGCAGUCUUACUUUGUGUCUGAGCUCGACACGACUAUUGUUACUUUAUGGAACAAAGCAAUUGACUACCUUAAUCGCCGAGGUGCGACAAUUAUUCCAGUAUCUUGUCCGUCCACUCAGUAUGCGCUUCCAGCGUAUUAUAUUUUAGCCCCCGCUGAAGCGUCAUCAAAUCUGGCUCGUUAUGAUGGAAUAAGAUAUGGAAGUAGAUGUGAUAAUGUAACAGAAACUGAUGAAACAUUGUAUGUUGCUACAAGAGAUGAAGGUUUUGGUGAAGAAGUAAAAAGGAGGAUAAUUCUGGGUACUUAUACAUUGACUGAAGGCUCCUAUUUGAAUUGCUUUCUGCAAGCUCAGAAAGUUCGCCAACUUAUCCAAACCGAUUUUGAUGCUGUUUUCACUAAAGCCAAUCCAUUGAAUGGAUUACACCACACAGAUAAAAAGGCACCUGAUGGUGUUGAUGUGUUGAUUACACCAGUUACCAUAUCAACUGCACCAAAGAUUACUGAAGUUACCAAUACAGAGGGAAGGAAUGCUGUAGAGGCAUAUGUUAAUGAUGUUAUGACAAUUCCAGCCAGCUUGGCAGGUAUUCCUGCUAUAAGUAUUCCGUUUGGGAUUUCACCCAAAGAUGGAUAUCCUGUUGGAUUACAGUUGCUAGCACAGUAUGGAGAUGAGCAAAGACUUUUGCAUGUUGCUUCUAUUCUCGAGGAAGGGAGUGAUAUCAAUACAUGA